CCUCGAUGCUAGUCCGUACUUUCAGACUUUUGCGGCGAAAGCAACUCCUUGUCCACCAAAGCUUGAUCUUGAAUGUGGGGUUAAUCGAAAUUUAUGGGAUAGUCAUGACGUAUAUAUAACGUGAGCCGGGGCAGAUAUUCCCUGUGGUUAGCUGGUGUACAUAUGGGAAUGGGUGUAUCCCUUUGUUUCUCUGUUAUAAUGAACCAUGUAUGCCGUAUUGCAAAUUUAUUCAACUAUUAUUAAUAUAACUAAUACCUAUACUUACUGACCUACUUACUACCCUGCGCGUAACUCUUGUUACACGCUGCUGAUAUAUAUUAUAUCCUACGCACAAGUAUUCAGCGUUGCGCCGAGAGCGCUCAAGCUGCAGGAUGAAUAAACUCUGGGGCAGGGCCCAGGACGACAGUCCGCGGGACUCGAUGGAUCAGGAACGAGAAAAUGCGCCGAGCGAGCAUACUCGUUUGCUGCCGAAUAGAGUCGACAGCACGAGUUACUUGAGUCCGGAUGAUCCAGCGGUUUCGCCGUACAACUUAUGGAGUGUGCGGAUUGUCAGGUACCUUACCGUCCUUUUCGCCAUUCUCACCUUCGCAUGGUGGAUCGUUCUACUCGUCUCGACCUUCGUUACGCCUCCAGGUCUUCAUACGCGGGGAUCGGGUUUCUUCGCUUUUGGUUAUACUAGUUUAACGCUGGCGAACCUACUAUUCACCCUCAUGUUUUUCGCUACCCCGUCGAAACCCGUUCGAAUAUUGAGUAUAGUUUUGGGAGUGUUGUUGUUAGUCAAUGCCGUCUUGUUGCUGUCCAUAGAGAAGACAAGACAUGAAGAGGGUUGGGUAGGAAUGGUCAGCGUACUAUGGGCGUUUCUUAUGGCCCUCUGGACCCUACUCACCGAUCGCUUGGUUGAAUGGGGUAAAAAUGAAGAGGAAGAACGGCUGACUGGCCGGGCUGAGACGCGUCGCACUCUAACCGAGUGGAUUGCUGUUCUGUUGUCCACUAUUGUCAUGGUCAUACUUGGCCUUGCCGUCCUUCUAAUAACCUGUACUCUUAUCCUCCGGGGUCUUGAUGCUGGGCUAGCACCGCCAGGAGAGUUGUUCUGGGUAGAUGGAGACAAAUACAUGAUGCAUGUCUACUGCCAUGGGAAUAAGACCAACUCGGAGAGUAAUAAGUUGCCAACCGUUUUGCUAGAAGGAGGGGAAGGCCCGGUCGAAGACGGCCUAUGGCAGUUUGCUGAAAAUGCAGUCAACAACGGUUCCAUCCGUCGAUACUGUUUCGUUGACCGUCCCGGAUUUGCUUGGAGUGAUACCGCACCUUCGCCUCUGUCUGCUGGAAUGGCGGCCGAGGCUGUUAGUGAAGCUCUGGCUAAGGCUGGAGAAGAUGGUCCUUGGGUCCUCGCGAGUGCUGGUAUUGGUUCCGUAUAUUCACGCAUCUUCUCUGCUCGACAUGGUGGCGACAUCAAAGGACUGCUUUUCAUCGAUCCGUUGCACGAAGACGACCUUGACCGUGUAGGUUCGCCUAGCCGAGGAUUCUUACUCUGGUUACGGGGUAUAAUCUCGCCUCUUGGUCUUGAUCGCAUUCCGGGAGCUCUUUUCAAAGGCCGAACGAAGGAAGACCGCGUAUGGGGGCAAUCCGCAUACCAGUCGGGGAAAUUUAUAUUUGCGAAGUUGCAAGAAAACCUUGUAGCCGAUACGUUGUCGAAACGUGAUCUGGCUAGCAGCACGACAAUUCAAAACCCGGACGUCCCGUUGAGUGUGAUUAGCUCUGGUGAGAUGAUCCGCAAAGAUAGUGAGUGGGAAAGUAAGCAGAGGGAUAUCAGCCAUGUCACGCACAAGUUGAAGCACUGGGAUAUCGUUAAUAGGGCGCCGCAUCGAGUUUGGGAGACGAUCGAGGGGCGCUAUAUUAUUGAAAAAAGAUUGAAGGAGUUGGUGAAUGCCGCAUAGAUUGAUGCGAAGGGGUAUUGGAAUAAUUGUUUUUGAUUUUGCAUUUCAACGGAGCGUAGCACAAGAUUGGGUAUAGUUAAGCACGAUAGUAAUAAGGGCUUCAUAGUUUAUGUGAAUAUGUGAUUGAAGCAAUAUUAUAGUUAUGUUGAGUUUCUGCUUAUAUCUAGAAAUGAACAUACAUAAAUGGUUUUACAGCGUUGCCUUGAUGAGGAGGUUGAAG